AUGCAGACUUCUGCUCUAAUUCCAAGCGCCAAUGGAACUGGAACAAUUGUGGCCGGAAUCAACUGCGAUACAAUUGAAUAUGUACAAAGAUAUUCUCCGAUUGUACUCACACAAAUUGCACAGGUACUAAAGCAAUUUCAGUAGCUCACUAGUAUCCAUUGUUUCAGUUCCUUUUCGCAUAUACUUCCGCCUCGCUAAUCAUUGGCGCGCGAGCAAUUCAACAGCAAGCUUACUUCCAUCCAAACGUGAAAGUUCUUCUGAAGACGUAUCACGCCGCAGUUCUGAUGUAUGGCUUUGCAUUGGGCACCGCUCAGGUAUUCAUUCAAAUACAAUGUGCUGAUGACGUGGCUUUUUCCAGAUAUAUCACAUCUUGACGGCUCUUUCCUAUGAGAAUUGCGAACUUCUUAUCUCCUGCCGGUUGUGUUUUGGUUUUCGGCUAAUUAUUACCACAUGCGUGAUAAGUAGGCUAUUCGAAUUGUGUCUAACACUAUUUGGAUUACUGUACUUUCAGUGUUCUCACUUUUGCUCUUUGCAAUUACGGUCGAGCGUACUGUCGCCACACGGAACUUGGGCAGAGGUUACGAGAAUCAGAGAGGAUCUCUGGGUCGACUACUUUCGUUUCUUGUUGUAAGCUCUACUAAACACUGGACCACUGUCUACUGUAAUCCAAACCUUUCCAGGUGACAUUUUCCGUGUUCUAUUCAAUGUGGUAUCAUUGGAUAGACAUUUACGACAGAACUUGUACUCAUUGCGUCUACGAUAAGCACAUCAUGGUCCCGACGGAAUUGAUGAACGUACUCACCGUUCUGAGCAUGCUUUCCCUGCUCUACACAAUACUUAUUCUCUUGUUCAACAAAUGCAAACUCAGAAAGUAGGUCAAAGUGUGUAGGUGCGAAAUUGGCAGUCUAAGUUUUUCAGGAAGUCCUACUCGCUGGCUAUUGAAUUCCAAAUCAAUCAGAACUUGCGGGUGUUACAUUUAAUACUCCCAUUGUCAUUUUUGACUUUUUUGGCUUUUUGCUGGUAUACUGCAUCUCCGUAUUACAUCGAUUUAUCAUUAGAUUCGGAGGUGGAAAUCAGACAAUUUCACGAAAUGGUUCAGAAUGUGAGAAGCUGGGGAGUUUUCACCGGAAAUGGUCAAAACGUUUAAGGUCUUUCCCGUGUACACUCUCCUCGUGUCGUCUCUCUGGUUGGCGAUGAUGUACAUGGAGAAGAAGAAAAAGCGGAUCGGAUCGAUGCUGCCGGAGCUAAGAAAAGACGAAAAGGACCUUUAUUUCCAAACGCUCAACGAUCAAUGGUCCCGAGUUCCUUCUCAAAAACCAGGACGUCUUCAGAUUCUCAGUGUGUUCUCCGUGCCCAGCAGCUCGCUUACUUCUUAA